AUGCACCAGCCCCGGUUAGCAAACUACUUUGAAGAAUUCACACGCCCACACACAUCAACAACGAACCACUCAAUAACAGACCCCCACAACUCCUCCGCCGCCAACCGCGAAGCAACCAACGCGGGCGCAAACGCCGUAACCUACGGCUCAACCUCUCCCGCCACAAUCCCCUCCUACCUCCCCAUCGAAGACAUUUACCUCCCACCCCAACACCAGCCCCCAAACCCAGAAGACGAGGACGAUGUCGUCCCAGACCAGCAUGCGGCGUUCGGAAUUGCCCGUGCCAUGGAGCGCAGACGGACUGCUAUUUGGCGAGAUCUGGGUCUUGAGGCGCUAGUUCGCGGCGAAGGACAUGGGCCUGAUCUUGGGUCGGGGACUGGUCCUGGUGGGGGUGGUGCUGCGGCGGCUGCGACUCCUGGGCCUGGUGCUACGCUGAGGGCUAGUGGGAGUGGUGCGGCGGCUGCUGGGGCGCCGGUUGUGAGGGUUAGGGAGUCUGGAAGGAGGAUGGGUGGGCGUAGAAUUGUUGCCUUGCGAUGA